AUGGUGCUCAAAAAAUCUAAUUUUCCAGAAAACCAAGAAACGGCAACUAGAGCGGAAACUUCUCCAAGUGGGAGCACAAUUGAAACAUACUUAAAACCGUUAAUAGAACAGCUGCACCUUCAACGAACUUUGCUAUGCGAUAUAUUAACACGAGUUGAAGCGAUAGAAAAUCAUUUAAAGGAAAAACCAACAAAAGAUCAGGACAUAAAAUCUAUAUUCAAAUUAAAUAUUUCUUACCCACUCCGGACUGAAGAGGACUUGGAAAAACUGGAGACGCAUCUUCAAUAUGAAGAGAAUUACAGAGAUGCAGUGAACGAAUUAGGUUCCGUAGGAGGUGCCAAUAAUUACGAUUUUGUUAAGCGAGUAUUAACAACAGUACUCAGUAAUGAUUUAGCAAUGACGUACAGUUGGUUUGGGAAAAAAGGGAAGAAGAAAUUUUAUACCACGAAAGUGGCCAAAGCAAUAAUAGACGCAGCAGAAACAUCAAGAAUAUGCAAAAAUAAAAAAGAAACCGAAGUAUCCAUACAAUCUUGGUUAAGGAGAGCUGCUGAACGAAACAAAACCAUUGUAAAAGAUUUGUAG